GGGAGGGGUUGGGGCAGUGCUCCCACUCGCCCACACAGUCCGUGUGCAGCCGGCAGCCUCGCGGGCGGCUUGCUCUGCCCCAGCUCUGCCCGGCCCGCAGGUACGAGCCGGUGAGGGACGCGCGGCCCGGCUUCCCCUCCGCCGCCGCCCGCUUCGAGGGCUCACUCACAGCCACCAUGAGCGAGGCCUUUGACUGCGCAAAAUGCAGCGAGAGCCUGUAUGGCCGCAAAUACAUCCAGACGGACGAUGGCCCCUACUGUGUGCCCUGCUAUGACAGCACCUUUGCCAACACCUGUGCCGAGUGCCAGCAGCUUAUCGGGCAUGACUCCAGGGAGCUGUUCUAUGAAGACCGCCAUUUCCACGAGGGCUGCUUCCGCUGCUGCCGCUGCAAGCGCUCCCUGGCCGACGAGCCCUUCACCUGCCAGGACAACGAGCUGCUCUGCAACGAUUGCUACUGCAGCGCCUUCUCAUCACAGUGCUCCGCCUGCGGGGAGACCGUCAUGCCCGGGUCCCGGAAGCUGGAAUAUGGAGGCCAGACAUGGCACGAGCAUUGCUUCCUGUGCAGCGGCUGUGAACAGCCUCUUGGCUCCCGUUCCUUCGUGCCAGACAAGGGUGCUCACUACUGCGUCCCCUGCUAUGAGAACAAGUUUGCCCCUCGCUGUGCUCGCUGCAGCAAGACGCUGACGCAAGGUGGCGUGACCUACCGUGACCAGCCCUGGCAUCGAGAAUGCCUGGUCUGCACGGGAUGCCAGACGCCCCUGGCAGGACAGCAGUUCACUUCCCGGGAUGAUGAUCCCUACUGCGUGGCCUGUUUUGGAGAACUCUUUGCACCCAAGUGCAGCAGCUGCAAAAGCCCCAUCACAGGACUCGGCGGAGGCAAGUAUGUGUCCUUUGAAGACCGCCACUGGCACCACAGCUGCUUCUCCUGCGCCCGCUGCUCCACCUCCCUGGUGGGCCAAGGCUUUGUGCCGGAUGGAGACCAAGUGCUGUGCCAGGGUUGCAGCCAGGCAGGGCCCUGAGCCAGGACUCCUGGGCCCAGGGCCUCCCAAACCAGGGCUCCAGGACUAAGGCUCCUUUUCCAUACCAUCUUUGGGACCCGGCCCUUCCUCAAAUCAGGGCUCCUCCUGGGCUCCAGGAUUUAGCUUCCCCACUCCAACACCCCCAUACCGGUACUCCCUGACCCAGGGCCCCCAAACCUGGACCUUUAUGGAGCCUCCAUGAUUCAAAUCCCUUUCACAAGCCUGGACUUCAGAAUUCAACCUUUUCCCCACAGUCUGGUGCCCAGACCAAGACCUCUCCCCAGAUCAGGGCUCUCUAUCCAACCCUCCAAACCUGGACUCUGGGACCCAGGCCCCCUUCAAUCUAGACUUCUUUCCAGAGACUUUAGGUCUUCUAUGGGUGCCUGAGAAGCCCUCAGAAGUGGACUCUUCUCAGGCUUGGUCCUCCCUACCCCCAAUCCCACCCUAUCCCCAGGGCUGGGGCUCUCUGGGCAGCAAAUCGGGGGUUCAUUGUUUAAGGGGAUCCUAGAGCACAGGGUUUUGCCCAGUCCGUGUUUUCUCAUUUUGUUUGCGCUCCGUUUUGCCCAGAGAUGGGCAGAGGGGUGGAAUUGGUUCAUUCCCCCCUCUUCCAGAUUCUGCAAUAAAGCAGUGUGAGGAAG